AAAAAAAUAAAAAAAUGGAUUUGGAAAAGUACGACAGUGCACUUCUAGGCAUUUUACAGAACGAGGGCAAGAUAGAGAAAUUUCUUGAUGUUGUAUUUGGCUUUCUCUAUAGGAGGACUGAUUAUUACUUGCCCAUUCAAGAAGGCAAAUUAGGAUUUCCACCGGGUGUUGCUCUACAACUUGCUGCUGCGACAUUUAAGAAGUAUGAACAACUAGCAGCAAAAGAUGCAGAAUUGAAAAAGCAAGCAACAGGAAAAGUGGUUUCACCGGAUAGUAAUAAAACAAAGGCUAGUGAAAACAAACAAACAAAGCCUAAUGAAAAUUCCAGCCAAACUUAUAAAACACCAAAACCAAAGGAUCCAGUAACACAUAAUCAAGCAGUAGUGGAUAUAAAAGACAAUGCUGGUGCUAACAAAAGUGCUGAGCCUACACCUGUAACAUCUGCUCCAAAAGAAACACAAACAAAAGCCUCUGGAAAUGCUAAUGACAUUGCUGCAGCUGCUAACAAGCCUGAUGGAGACCAGAAAACACAAGCAGAAGGACAUGAAUCAGAAGAUGACCCAGAACUCACAAGGAAACAAACUGUUUACCAAGAGAACCCUGAGAGUUAUAAUGGUGCCAUACGGGACAAAUACAGCUGGGCUCAGAGCAUUACGGAUGUUGAUGUCUAUGUUAAGGUGCCUGCUACAAUAAAAAAGGGCAGAGAUGUCAAGGUGGAAAUAAAGCGGAAAAGUUUAAAGUUUGAGUUAAAGACCGCCACAGGUACCCCAGAAAUGAUUAUAGAUGGCGCUCUCACUUGGGAUGUGAAUGUCGAGGAGAGCAUGUGGACAUUGGAGCCGGGAAAACAUGUUCAUAUCAACCUUGAGAAGGUACAGGACAGAUGGUGGGAAGCUCUUCUGGAAGGAGAGGAGAAAAUCAGCGUACGUAAGAUAGAUGCAAGUCGUCCAAUGACAGACUUGGAUGAUGAAGCGCAAGCUAAGAUUGAAGAGAUGAUGUUCAACGAGAGACAGAAAAAACUUGGUUUACCACAGUCUCAUGAACAGAAAAAUCAAGAUAUCCUGAGAAAAGCAUGGGAUGCUGAGGGUUCACCCUUUAAAGGACAACCAUUUGACCCUUCAGUCCUGAAUGUACAGAAUAGUGCAGAGUUCAUGAACAAUAUCAACCAAAAGAGUUGAAACAGCUCCAUCUAUUAAAGUGCCAAGUGACUAAGUCAAAGUUAAAUAGGAAUAGGUACAUCCAUGGAUGCUGCAUUACAUGUAGAAUGGUGUGCAGAGAUGCUGAACAUACCAGUGGCAAUAAUGGGCAAAAAUGGGACUUCAGUGUUCACUAAGCAGAACACAAAUAAGCAGAAUUUGUUUCGAAAAACUUGUAGAAUAGAGUAGAUGAGCAAGAUAUCCAACACUGUGUUAAACAUGUUGAUGGUGUUGUUUAGCUACAAUUGUACUCUCUGAAACCUGCUGUUUAACCUAAGGGGAAUAUAAUGUCCCAGAAUUCAUUGAUAAACCUCCAUAUAAGAGGUUCAUCUUUACACACAGCGAAGUUUAUCUUUGAAUUCUGGAGGAUUUUCUCCUCUUGUUGAAUCUCUAGAAAUAUGCUUGUUCACCAUUUUUAUGUGAUUUGCAUUUUCUGUCUUUGUGGUCACACUUUGUAACUGCAACAAGGUAGUGACAUUUUGUCAUGAUAACGCCUUGUUCAUAUGCGUACACAGUCUAUGCAGAGCUCAUUACCCAAAGGUCUCACACAUUCCCAGAUGGCACAUGUCAAUUUGAAUUCUGAAAGGUCUAUCAAGUGGCUUAAGAACAAGAAAUGCAUAUGAGAAGACUGUAAAUCGAGGAGUUACCUGAAAUACAAAUCAUCGUAGAAAACUGAUUAUUUAGUGGUUUAAAGGGGAUACUGGGGAGGUUUA